UUUUGCUACCAGGUGGAUGAUGUUCGACAGACAGCGCCUCUUCCAUCUCGGCGAUCUCGGACAUAGACUUACACUCACUAUCAACUGCUUCCAAUCGACGACAACGACGAGACAAUCAUGUGGCAGGCGAUCCUCAUUGCCAAUCGCGGUGAGAUCGUCGAGCGAGUCAUCAAGACGUGUCACGAACUAGAAAUAGAAACUGUCGCUGUCUACUCGACCGCCGACGCCAAGGCUCCCUUCGUCAGCAAGGCCACACAAUCCAUCUGUAUAGGCCCAGCUGCCGCCAACAAGAGUUACCUCCAACCCGACAAUAUCCUCCAAGCCAUGUCCAUCUCGGGCGCACAGGCCUUACACCCCGGCUACGGAUUCUUGUCCGAAAACGCCCAGUUUGCCCAAGCGGUACUGGACGCCGGGCACGUGUGGCUCGGACCGUCCCCCUCCUGCGUGCACCAAAUGGGCGACAAGCUGGAAAGCAAGGCCGUGGCCGUACAGGCCGGUGUCGCUACCGUGCCGGGCCACGAUGGUGUCGUCGAGACACUGUCACAAGCCCUGCAACUGUGUAACGAAACGAUUGGAUACCCCGUACUUCUCAAAGCUCUGGCGGGAGGUGGCGGCAAGGGUAUGCGCGUCUGUUACAAUGAUCAAGACGUCAAGGACGCAUGGACCGUUUCCAAAGCCGAGGCUCUCAGCUUUUUCAACAAUGACCAACUCUUGCUGGAAAAGUUCAUUGAACGUCCACAUCACAUUGAAUUUCAAGUGCUUUGCGGUCGCAAGGAAAAUGGCGACCUGGAUGUUGUAGUCUUUCCCGAACGGGAAUGCAGUAUUCAACGACGCAACCAAAAAGUGAUCGAAGAAUCGCCGUCCUGUUUGUUGACGCCUGAAACUCGCCAAACUAUGGCGGAACAAGUCGUCCGUCUCUGCCAAGCCACUCAGUACCAGUCUGCUGGUACGGUCGAAUUCCUCGUCGACGAGGAACAGAAUUUUUUCUUUCUAGAAAUGAAUUCGAGACUCCAAGUCGAGCAUCCCGUUACCGAAGCUAUCACCGGUGUCGAUCUCGUCAAAGGAAUGCUCUACGUCGGCGCUGGCUGGCCGCUUCCCGACGAAUUUCAGCGCGAUGGCAUCAUCAUGCCACACAAAGGACACGCAGUCGAGGCUCGUAUCUACGCCGAGGAUCCGCUCCGUGGAUUCCUGCCUUCCACCGGACCACUUUCUCCUUACGUCGAACCAUCUUCGGCUCAAAAUACGCCAGAAUCAUACGUGCGAGUCGAAUCCGGGGUGGCUACGGGACAUCUUGUCAGUCCCUAUUACGAUCCCAUGCUCAGCAAGGUAAUCUACUACGACCAAACGCGCGCCGGGGCCAUUGCCGGUCUCUCGCAAGCCCUCGACGAAUAUGUCAUUGAAAGUGUCCAGCACAACGCCCGUCUAGUCCAAUCGGUCUUACGCGAGCCAGAGUUUCUAAAGGGCAAUACCCCGACUUCUUUCCUGCCGACGCAUUACCCAGACGGUUUUAAAGGAGUAAAACUCGGCACAUCCGAUUUGCAAGAACUCGCGGCCGCGGCGGCUGUUAUUUCCGACGUUCGUCGAACGCAUUUCGACCGACCCAGUUUGGGGGGACAACCAAAUAACUCGGAAGUUGUCGUGGAGCAAUAUCUGUGUGACAUGACCAUCGAUGGAGUCUCCCGCAGUGUCCAAGUGCUGGGUGAAUCCAACGAAGGUGAACUCAAGUUGCAAAUGUACGGCGCCGAUGUAAUUGUAACGAUCCAAUCAGAACGGGAAUAUGAACUUAGUGCCCACAUGCAUGAGCCACUGAAGAUUGAUACAAGUUCUUUGAUUCUUAGUCCCAUGCCAGGGACAUUAAUUUCAUACGCUGUCGACGAAGGCGACUACGUGGAAGAAGGCCAGGAGCUAUGUGUCGUAGAAGCUAUGAAGAUGCAAAAUCUGAUCCGCGCGCCACGAGCAGGGACCAUCGGGAAGUGCAAGGUAACUGUGGGCAAUUCCUUGCAGGCCGACCAGCUGAUUAUGGAAUACGCCAAGGACGACAUACACGAAGCAGCAGCGCAGGCCCUGCUGGCGCAAAAGACAAACGUCGUGGCAGGCCAAGAUCAUUUGUAGACGCAAAAACAUAUGAAUACAUAUACGUAAACCUAAACAUGUUUGAAAGGACU